AUGGACCCAACUGGGGCCUGCCAUUGGACGCCACCGGAUCGCCAGCACCGCUUCAUCGGUGCAAAGUGCAAGAGCGGUGCCGUGCUCCAUUCCAUUACACGCUGCACAUCUCAGUUAUCCAAACUCAAGUGUUUCGGUCACAACUCGCCUCGGGACCGGGAACCGGCCAAGCUUGUCUUGGCCUCUCCGUCUCUCGGUGGUCUAGCACUCGGGUUAGCACUUCCUGAUUCCCUUCGACCUACCUUAGCCCUGCUUAGCCCCAAGCUUCUUCCUUUCACUCUUCACUUACAAACUUGCAACGCGGCUGGCGCUAACCCUAACCAGCAAAGACCCAACGGGCAGCGUUUGUCUCUCCUGAGUCUCUUCCUGGCUCAUUACGCAGCUCCGGAAACAUUACCGGCGGCAUUAUGUACUAGCGCCCUCUUCCUUGACUCGUUCGGCCGCAAAAGGACAUUGAGAUUUCACUCUACGUACACACUGCGGAAACUCGACAAGAUUCCGCCGGGGCCUGCAAACUCAAUCCAGCCAUCCCAAGUCUUUUCGCCAGCACGGCGGCAUAGCGAUUCUUUGUGUUUCCAUUCAUCACGCUCAGAUCCGGACCUGUCAUUUGAUCCCAGUAUCAACCCCUGUUUGGCAAAGACCCUCUAUCAUCUUUGGGACUUGGGCCACCCAUGGGAACAAAAGAAAACUUGUGGUGUCGUUGAGCUUAGGAGAGUAAACGACACAUUUUCUACGUAUAUUGGCAGUCUCCGUCAUACUGCAUACUGCUACGGCGGUGUAGACCUGAGCUGCGCCGUCGCUUCGGGCCGGACUCUCUCUAGUCUUUCCAACAUCACCAUUUUCCGGUUCUUCACAAAUCAUUCUACUACUCCAAAUCUUAUCCACACGCGACUGCCGGCUAUUACAAUAGAGACCGCUGCGAAAGUUUGCAACGCUCAGACUCGACACAAGCCUUUCGCAGCUGUCAGUCCACUGCAAUUACCUUUCCCCGGAUCCCCUUACCUGCGCUGCCGGACAAGUCACAGUUGGACUGCUUAUCUCGACUUCAUGCUUUCUCUUAUCCACAAAUCAGAACAUCAGACAAUUGACAGGAAUUGUCCCGACUCGAUCUCACCCCAAUGUCUCUCUGGCAUGCUUCUACGCUCCCUCAUUACACGUCGUCUCACCGCUCAACUUGACCUCACCUCAACACCACCCAUCCAAGACACCUCGCAACCUGCAUCACGGAUCGUGGCCUCUCUCCUGACGACCGAACACCCCUGCCGUAUGGAGCCUUGCCCUCCUCUUGUCCCAAUACAGCCUCGCUUCUGGUCCCAACUGCCGCCCCUGUAUGAUCCGGCCCUCGCGGAAAGUGUCGUCCGACACUUCAAGCAGGUACAGAAUUUGGAUACACACGCAAACACUGCUUCAAUCGGAAUCCGCUCUACUCUCAUCUCUCGCUUUGGCCUUUUUUGCGCUCGCCCAUCUUCUAGCAGGCCCCAGUCCCUCACGAUGAUGAUUGACUUAGAAAAGACUCGCUUUUCAGAGCAGCAGCCGGUAGCGGGAUGUAGCGUAAGCCACCACGCGUGGCAGCAUUUGGGCAGCCCGGGGUCUAGGAGAUCGACUCGCUCUCGGUCCUCAACGGGAAAAAUGCUCGUUCUGGCCGGUAUGGCCGUCCAACCUUGCAGCUCUCAAUGCGCCGCUACCAUGUGUCAGGCCCACGCUUCGGUGAGCGUACCGGCGCCGUUCUAUGCCAGUCAUGAGGGAAGGAAAACGCACAGACAUCUCUGGAUGGCCCAUACCACGCUGGAAUUGACGGCGCAUGCGACUGGACGUCAACCUACACAUGACGGUAGCAUUCUCUACAUCAUCAUUCCCAGAACUGGACCUCCAAGGCGUUGCACGCAAGCUGAAGGAAGCUGGCCGACUGUCUUACACAUGCGCUGGCUGAACCGCAGCGAGCAAAAGGAAACAGCCGGCUGCCCCCUCCAACUCGUGCUUCCUAGCCCGACAUGCUCCGUGCUUUCUGCCGUGAACGCGCCAACUUUCACCACCUUUUCGAGAAGAAGCGAGGGUUCCAACGACGGUCACACAACUACCGGGCCAGAGCAGCAUACGCAUUUUCUGAAAGUCGCAGUCUUACGCUUCGAGAAACAAGUGGUUUUCUAUUCUUUAGUGCCAAUAAUUGACAGCGGAAAGUCUCAAAGUAAUCGAUGUUUUCGCAGCCUCCAACAAGCACGGCGGCACGGUCACAACGACACCCUGGAAAUACCAAGACAAACCGGCCCUCAAUUAGCCGCGCCGGUCCGAAAUGCCUCCAUCGUCCGCACUCCCGAGGUCCACAUCGGACCAUCAAGGCAUCUUUCAUCUCAUCUUUUCCACUUGUGUCCAUUAAAACCGGCCAAGAGACACCUACAAUUGACCACCAGCCGGGCGCUAGAAAUGAGUUUGUUUUCUGCUUCAUUUCCGGUGACCGGAACCGAGCUGGCUGGGUUCAUGGGCCUCGAUUUACCCGGCCACUCUUUUCUCUUGGGAUUGAUCACAAGGAGAAAGUUCGGACCAUUGAUCAUGCUCACUGAAGUUCCCAGACGGCCGAGCAUUCGUGUACUUCAGUAUGCUCAUGAGGUAAAGAUACUGCGCGGCCUCGCCCGCCCGCUGAGCGCGCUGUCAUCUUUAAUGCCUGUACUCUGUACUCCGUAUCACACAAUACGACGGCAACUUUCGCAGGAGAAUGCUGUGGGUUGGGCCACGCUCAUCCUUUUUCUUCGCGAAAAACUCCAUACAGAUACCCCAGAGACGCAGAGACGGCCGCCGCCCCCUCCACCCUCCCUUACCGCUGUGCCGUCCCACGACCCCCAACCCCGGACGCAGAAAAGAGGAGGGCUGCUGACCAACAACCCCGGUUCGAAAUCUCACACCGAGACGGGAGUCCCCGGAACCGUUGUCGAUGAAGGCGUGAAACGGGCGCAAAGCGCCUCGCUAUCGACGCCGGGGACAAGGGGAAACGUGAUUUUGGGGUUUGACCGUUUGCAGGGCACAGAGGCGCAGACUGGGGGGGCAGGAUUUCCAUCGCAUCCCGAGGUCUCUUGCCGGCCGAGGGUUGCAGCCAUGCUAGACGAUGUCUUCCUCCAUGCCUCGGAUUCGGCGACAUGGCGACAACCCGCCAACCCGGGGACAAGUUAUGUGAAUCCGUCGUUGUCGUUACUACUAAUCACUCCAUCCCCCCCAAGCCUGGCCCAUCCCAUCACAUCACAUCCGUCCAUCGCCUCUCUCUUGCGAAAGAAAACGGCCGAUUCCGUGGAAAUACGAGCUAUCAUAAAUCAGGGAACACCAGAAGCGCCAGGAAUCGAAGCCGAUCGCCCGCUUUUUUUCGCUGAAGAAUUCAAUGUUUUCCCCUCCCCCUUUCCCCCUUGCCUCUUUUCUUUGACCCUGUCCCUUCUAUCCGGAUCCUACCGGUUAGUGAGAGUUGCCUUUUUGUGGUUGGUCCAUAGGAUUAGUUUACUAGAUUUCAGCUGUAAGCCGGGUAUCAUGAGAGGGAGGCCGCUCGAGCUGAAUAAACUUGAUCCCUUCUCUACUCCAGCUAUUGGGGGAAGAUGGGCCAAGUUAUAUUAUGCUGAGCUUCAUUGGAACAAACGCGCGAUAAUAGUAAAAGCAGUCCAAUGCGCAACCUCUGCACACACUUUCGCAACAGACUGCGUUCUCAUGAAUACUCCUACAAUUUCCAUCACCGGGCCAUAUACGCUUGCUUCCUCCUGCUCAGUCAAUGCUGGCCCCCCCUUUCCCCCUUUCUCCCAAAUCAUAACGCCUGGUAAUGCUGUUGCUUGCUUUGGUAUACAAGUUAUCGAAAUUACACAUGCUAUGCCGCCACAGUCUGCCGAUUAA